AUCGUCAUUUCGAAAUGAAAGCGUGCAUACUGAGCGUACUACUAAGUGCUCUUGUGGCACCGACCAUUGUUAGUGCCGCAUGUGGCCAGUGUGAGGAUGCGCACAGCUGCAUCGGUGAAUCGGUAUUCCAGUUGUGCUACGAUGGUGUCCGGGACCAGACUAUCAACUACACCUGCCCCGAAUCGAAACCCAUUUGCACGACCUACGGGAUUAUUUGUAUGCCCAACGACACAAAUGUAGAUCGCGGCUGUGGUGAUGUCUCCAAUUGCGGGGUUUGCUCAGAUACCACAACUUUCGCCUGUACCUCAAGGACCACCUUUGCUAUUUGCGACAAUGGAGUAGUUUCCGGCAACAGUUUCGACUGUGCAGAUGAUUUUGUCUGCAGUGUUAGCGGUGCAGGCAGCGGAAGUCCUUGUGUUUCCCGUUGCGAUUCCACCGACUCAGAUAUAUGUGAUCGAGUCUUGGAAGCCGAAGGGGAAAGCACCACUGAAUCAGUGACUACCACCGACACACCCACUGCCACUCCCACUAGCACUCCCACUGUCACAGCCACUACGGAACCAUCCACAGUCACCGCUGACUCUUCGACAGGAUCGACAGGGGAUACCUCCACUGGAUCCUCCUCCGAAACUUCAUCGGACAUCCCGACGGAUAGCACCGCAACUGUCACUGUUUCCGAAAGCACUACCCAGAGUACUGCCACAACUCCAGCCUUCAAUGAAGUCACCUAUUGCCAGGGAAUCAACUCAACGGGUCGCUAUCCCAUACCCAAUGACACAGAGUGUACUAGCUACAUCUACUGUGUUCUGAGGAGUGGAAGCUGGACAGGAUUACUCUAUAAUUGCCAAGCGCAGAGGCCUUACUUCGAUGCUGAUACUUUAAAUUGUGGUACAGUACAGCCAUUGUAUGCCGGAUGCACAAACUUAGCUUGAGUCAACGCAAUUUUAUUUAGUAAACGCAC